UGUCAAAACACUACUGAAACUACCAGUACUAUUUUACCUUACGAAGAGUGCAGGGGCGUUCUUCGUGUCUACAGCGACGGCUCCGUAGUCCGUUCCACACAGCCAAGCUUCGACGUCCCUGUCCACGACGACGGAUCCGUCGCGUGGAAGGACGUAAUUUUCGAACAUACUCACCACCUUCAACUCCGCCUCUACAAGCCGGCCGCUGCAAAAUCCAAGCUGCCCAUAUUAUACUACAUCCACGGCGGCGGCUUCUGCAUCGGUUCACGCACCUGGCCCAACUGCCAGAACUACUGCUUCCAGCUUGCCCUCAGCCUCCAAGCAGUUAUAGUCUCGCCGGACUACCGGCUGGCUCCCGAACACCGCCUCCCGGCAGCCAUUGAAGACGGUUACUCAGCCAUCAAGUGGCUGCAAGCCCAAGCGGUGUCGGAGGAGCCUGACACUUGGCUGACUGACGUGGCUGACUUUGGUAACGUUUUCAUUUCGGGUGACUCGGCUGGCGGCAACAUUGCUCAUAAUUUAGCUGUUCAACUCGGGGCCGGUUCACCUGAGCUAGCUCCAGUUCAGGUGAAGGGUUAUGUGCUUUUGGCUCCGUUCUUUGGUGGAACAAUUCUGAGCAAGUCGGAAGCAGAAGGACCCAAAGAAGCAUUCCUCAAUUGGGAGCUCAUUGAUAGGUUCUGGAGGCUAUCGAUACCAGUAGGAGAGAACACUGAUCACCCACUUGUGAACCCGUUCGGGCCAUUUAGCCGGAGCCUUGAACAAGUGCCAUUUGAUCCAAUCUUGUUGGUAGUUGGAGGAAGUGAUCUCCUGAAAGAUAGAGCUGCGGACUAUGCACACAGGCUAAUGACUUGGGGGAACAAGAUUAGGUUUGCUGUAUUUGAAGGGAAGCAACAUGGCUUCUUCACGAUUGAUCCUAAGUCGGAAGCUGCAGAAGCACUCAUGCAACUUGUCAAAGAGUUCAUUACCGAAAAUUCCAGCUGAAAAUUAAGCUGCAGUUAUGGCGAUAACUAGUGAUGACAAAAUACUCGUGGAGAUCUUAAUUAUGUUUUAUCUA